GUUUUUUUCUUUUAUGUGUACAGGAGAGCACAUGAAAACAUGAAUUAGCGUAAUUGGGUUAAGGUGACAAAGCAUUACGUUUUCUUGAAGAAAAGGAUGACAGCCAGGCGGAAGUUCCGAUAGCAAAAUAAAUUUGCCGGUUUGUUUACGUUGAAAAAUUUAAGUGUUACUGCUCAUCCGCGUAUGAAUCACAAUGAAAUGUAUAAAAAUGGAUAUGCAGUAUUUAACACAAGAGCAUUUGCAAGGAUUCGAGACAUACAAGUACAGUGCUUUGGAUACAAGCCCACUGAGUAUCUAUGUGAUGCAUCCAUUCUGGAAUCGUGUUGUAGAGUUUUGCCCAAAAUGGAUUGCCCCGAAUGUUCUGACAUUUGCUGGUUUCUUGUUUACUGUAUUUAAUUUCAUUCUGUUUUCUUAUUACGACUAUGAAUUUUAUGCGUCAAGUGAUGAUCACCCAGAAGUUGCUCCCAUACCAAGAUGGCUUUGGGCAGCUGCAGCCAUUAACAUUUUUUUAGCCUAUACUUUGGAUGGAAUUGAUGGCAAGCAAGCACGACGCACUCAAACAAGUGGACCACUCGGAGAACUGUUUGACCACGGUCUUGAUUCUUGGAGUGCAGUUCUCAUACCAACAUGCAUGUACUCAAUUUUUGGUCGCACAACGUACAGCAUUUCUACACUACGAAUGUAUUAUUGUCUAUGGAAUGUCUUCGUAAAUUUUCAUCUUUCGCACUGGGAGAAGUACAACACUGGAGUUCUGUUCCUUCCAUGGGGAUAUGAUGCUUCUAUGCUGGUAGCUAUUGUAAUAUUUAUGAUAACUUCUAUAUUUGGCCAUGAGCUAUGGAACUUCAAUCUCCCUUAUAACAUCUCAGCAGGUCAGACUUUUGAACUGACAUUCUACAUUUCUGCUCUUGUUUCAAAUUUUCCUGUUUGUCUGUGGAAUGUCUACAAGUCGUACAGAGAUGGAACAGGAAAGAUGAGACCAUUUACUGAAGCUGUUCGCCCUUUAGUGCCUGUUCUUUAUUUCCUAACACUGUGCACGCUGUGGGUGUUAAAAUCGCCUGGUGACAUUAUUAACACUGACCCACGCAGUGUAUAUUUAGUCACUGGGACCAUUUUCUCUAAUAUAUGUUGUCGGCUGAUUGUAGCUCAGAUGUCCUCAACAAGAUGUGAAAUAUUCAACUGGCUAUUGCUGCCGGCAUCAGCAGUUGUAGCACUGACUUUGGUGCUGUCUGUCCCAUUGAAUGUAGAACUAGGUUUGGUGUACUCUCUCACCGUGCUUGCUACAUGUGCACAUAUCCAUUAUGGAACCUGUGUGGUUCGCCAGAUGUGCAGGCACUUCAGGAUCAACUGUUUCCAGAUAAAGCAGCACAGUCAAUGACUAUUAGCCGACAACACGUGUUAAAUAUAUUGAAACCGAGAUGAAAAUGGGGAAAUUCUUGCUUAAAAAGAUUUUCACAGUGAAGCAAUUAGCAAUUCACUGUUUUGAAAAUAGGAUUACAAUGACAGCAGGAGGAUGAUUAAGAUAUGAGCCAAGACCAAAGUUAUUGGUGCCAUGAGACAUACACUAAAAGUAAUUUCAUUGCAGUGCAUUCUGUGACAAUACCAUGUGUCAGCCUUGCCAGUGCAUAUAUUCUAAAAAAUAUGUAAACUGGAUGAUAGCUUAAUUGAUACAGCCACUUAUACGGCAGUCUUAUUUAUCUGCAUUUUAAGGAGAACCGUAGAGUGUAAAGACAAAGUGGUAGGCGCAGUGACAAACCCACAGAUCAAAGUUUGUACAUUCCUUAUUUAUGAACAGAAUCAGUAGUUUACUGCAGUUAGGUUAUUAAUAAACAGUUGCAUUAAUUCUUCAUUUACCUUUUUGUUUUGUUGGUUUUAGUUAAGGUUCUCAGCUAUAAUUAUGUGAAGCCAAAUUGGAAUAUUUACCAUGGAGAGUUUUCUUUGCUGCCUCACUGGAGGAUAGAUGGCACAUCAGUAACCCACUGACUUUGCAACACUUGCUGCUUUUGAAUCUUUGUAUAAGGUAGCCUUGGGUGCCCAGUAUUUUUUUUUUAAGAAUUCAUUGCUAGCCAAAGAAAGGCAUGAAAUGGUAAAACAAGUCAAUUGAACUAAAAAAUUUUACCUUUUCUAGGAUCAUGUUAUUCUCCAUUGCUUACUUGGAAACAUAAAUGUUUGUUAAUUUACUGGAUUGUAAUUAAGAGGUGGCUGAGCAAGUGCAGAAAGACCAAGAUUAUUUUGUGUGUGCACAUUACUGUCUAGAUUUCCAUUACUAUCUCAAUUAUGUGUACAAGAUUGAUUGAUAGAAACUUCUGGAAAGAGAGAGUAAAUUUGGUUCUCUCACAUUUUGUGAAAAAUAUUUUAUCCUUAUAGAUCUCGUUUUCGGGCUCAGGGUUUGCAAUAUAGAUUUGAAUAAUGUAUAAUAAAGAGUCAAUGAAACAUACAAAUCUGAUACACUGUGCACAAGAGUCAGUCGUGAAAUUAAUUUGAUGGAGGAAAAAGGGAGCAGAGAGAUAUUUCUGUGAUUCAGGAACUCAUUGCUUCUUUUAACAGAAGAAUAACCUCUUUACAUUUUUUCACUUGACUCCAGCAGUUGUUUUGCAUGCUGUUGGUUAUGGCAUUUUUGUCCUCAGUUUCAGUUGUAUUUUUUUUUAAUCAAGCUGGAUUUUGGUCUCAUCUUUGCAGAAAAAGGUUUUCAUAUUUUAUUAGAUUAUAUAUUUCUGGUAAUACACAUUUUCCACUGCUGGGAAUACCUGAAAUAAUAACCUGUAAUGUAAUAUUGGAAUUGAGCAGGUAGGCAAUGGACAUAAUCAUCAGCUCAUAAAAACUUCUGAAGCUGACUGCAAGAAUUAAACAGUGGAGUGCUCUGUGCCCAUGCAUUUGUUAGGAAGGUGAAUGGGGUAGAAAAUAUUCUGCCAUAUUAUUUAUCAAAAGUAUUAUCUUUAUUUGUAAAAGAAUAUCAGGGUGUUACUUUCUACAGCAUUUUUUCAGUCUUAAUAGGAACACAGCUUGCUAAUUUUUAGCUCGUGAUAUAUGCCUGUGAUUGAUGUUUGGGUUUAUAGUUGUGUAGACAUUAUUUAUAGAAAGCAAUUUUACAGUGCAUUUCAGUUGUAGGUUGUAAUUACACUACAUGUUGUCAUUUAUACUAUGAGCAUUUAUGGGCAUUUGUAAUUUAUUUUCGGUGCUGUCCUUUUGUUCCAUGUGCAUAUUGCUUUUUACAUUUAAAUUGAAGUUGCUCCUCAUGGUUGUAAAAGUCGUAAUGAUUCAGGCUCAUAUUUUAAUCAUCCAGUGGUAGUAAAUAAAAAUUCUGUACUGUAGGUGGUGGGUAAAAUUCACAUAAACUAAAGGGAAACAAAUUACAGAUCACUUUGCCUUCAUGACACAUGUAAAUGACUUCCCUGGCUUCUCUCUCUCUCUCUCUCUCUCUCUCUCUCUCUCUCUCUUACACACACACACACACACACACACACACACACACACACACACACACACAUUCACACACUCACCUAAAUGUCGGAUGCACAGUUAUUGAAGUACUUUGUAUGUUAAAGGUCUAUAGCAUCACCAACUAUAAUGUUCUUCUCCACCUAUAAUCACAAGUAGUUCAGAAAUAAAUCUUCACAGACCCAAAACAGCAGUUUCUCAGUGAUAUUUGCACUUCUUCAUAACCUUUUUGAUAAUGGUAUUCCUAAGUCCUAUCAGGGAUCUUUAAUGCAAGUAAAUGACAAUUUCUAUCCCAUAUGAAGUAACAUAUAAUUGGCAAAGGAUUACUAACAAUUAAAUAUUGCUAAGUUUGAACUUCAUUGAAAAAUCAAAUGACCAAUUUUUCUCCACUCACCCUUGAGUGGCAUUUCGCAUGUAUAGAAACCUAUAAAGAGUGAUCUAGUCAUCCCCUUAUAUUGAUUACUGUAAAUCAUGUCGUGCAUGGCUGUUCAUGGAUCAGUUAGAAUACAUAAAUGCCCACCGAUCUCUCAUUUAAUAAAGAACACACAUUUUGCAACUGUGAGUUUCUGACAGAUAGUUGGGAUCUAAGUACAAAAAAGAGCCAAAUGCUGCCCAAGUGGCAUUUUAUUAUUGUUUGAGAAUUGACUAAUAAGUUCUCUCGGUUUCAUAACACGUGUUGUCCCUCGGAAAAUCUGUUGAGUGGUCCUGAAAUGUAUGCAGGUUACCUAUUUUGUAAUUUUUGUUGUUUGAUUGUCCUUUUGUAAACUGUUUGUGCUUUGUUUUAUGUGAAUAUCGUUUAAUUAGAAAUAUUUGUGUGAUUAAGUAGUUUCUGACCUGUAUACAUAUUUUUAGUGAUGAUUAACUAGCAAACUGCACUUUAGAAUGUAAAUUCUAGGUAAGAUGAUUUGUCACUAUUUAUUUUUAUGCAGUAAUGCAUAUGCAUUGUUAUCUAGAUUUUAUGUCCUCUCAUGAGCCGAAACUGACAAAAAAGUUGUAACUAAGUAUUUUACACAGCAGAGCUGAUUUUUUUUCCCUCUACUUAUGCUCCCAGUGUCACAUUAAUUUCAGUUUAUCCUUACUUGACAUAUUGCUGCUACUUAUUUUUAAGUAUUGAAAUAGUAUCUAUUUAUGAUAACUCCUUAAGUGCAUGUUUCUAGUAUUAAUUUGAUGGCACACAUAAAUUAGACUGUGAAGGCCAGUUUUUUUGGAUGACAGUUUGUGAAAUGAGUUAUAAAAUUUAUAAUACCCAUUUCUUGACAGUGUGUGAAAGAAGAAAGUUUCAGAAAAAUUACCUCUACUAUGUAGUAUAUUUUCUAUGACAGCAAAUGUAAUGUUGUAGCUUUCUCUGGUAACAGUUUGUAAACAAAUUCAGCAACAUUCUGCUUGGAUAUACUCACUCCUGGAUCACUGUUAACACAGGAAUGCACUGUUCAAUACAGCACAGCAGAUUCAUCACUUCAGGAAACUUCACUAUUUUUUGGCUCAACAUUGAAGAGAGUCAAGCAUGUUGUUAUGUGUCAAGCUUCUGAGAUGUCAGGAGAUAUUGAAAUUUUGUGUGUAUUAAUAAGAAAAGUGAUAAAUCUCAAAAUGUAAAACAGCAAAAAAUGAAUUGUCAGGAGGUAACAUAUGGGUUUAAGUGAAAAGUGCCACAAUUCCAUUAGGGAUUAAUAUGUGUUAUAUGCCAGUUUUGUACUUGCAAAUGAUAUCUUGUAAUUAUUCUGCCACUCUCGAUAAUAAUCCAGUGAAGUGACAUUUCCAUGGCCUUGCAAAGGUGAUUUACUGAAUGUGUGUUAUCAGAAUAACCAGACUGUUCAGAAUCUGAUCGUGUUCAAAGGCAUAUAGUUCUUUGCAGAAAACUGACAUGACAUAUCUUGUUUCACUUAAAGGAAUGGUUUCAUCCUGCACACAAUUCCGAAAAUUUAUGGUGUGAAAUAUUAGUGCCAGUUGGAAAAAUUUGGUAUGCCAUAAAAAAAUUGGAACAUUGAACAAAUCAGUCUGUUUCUCUUGAUUUGCUGUGUUUCAUAGCUUCCGCAAAACAUUAUUUGACCCAUACAGUUUUUCUGUGAUUGGUUCUUGUUAAUAUAAAAAUUUAUGUAGAGCAUUUAUGAAUCUCAACAAGAUGCACCACAGAUCAAAUUUAGAAAUCAUAUGGCAGGUCAUGAGAGUUAAUGCAGAAUCAAUACUUUAAAAUGUAAUAAAGAAGAGAAAUAAUGAAACUGAGUUGAUACUACUCUGUGAUGUAGAGCUGGGGAAAUAUAGAAUACGACUAUUCUUUCACAAUGCAGAUAAUCAACAUUUAUCAUAUGAUUCCAUAUUUUUUUUCAGUGAAUCCUAAUGCAUUUAAAAUAUUGUGUUAUGCCACUACUUUAUACUGUGGGCCUAUUGGGUUCAUUACUUUUCACAGAUGUUUCACUAACAUACAAAAAUUGUUGUGUUCAUGUACUUGUAUAUAUCUGUAAAAUAUUUUUUGGGACCGAAGAUAAAAAAAUAUCCAAUUUUUGAGUGCAAAGUCUGUGGUCUGAUACUUUUAACUCUGUAUGACAGGCAGUCAACAUUACUCUCAUACAUAAGUGAGAACUCUUUUAAGGUAGUCCUCUCUGAUGUGCAGGUGUGUAAAAUAACAUUAUUUCUUUGCUCAAGUGUAUGUAUGUACCUGUAAAUGCAAUUAAAUGAUUUGUACAAAAUUUAGUAAAAAAUUAGUGCUUGUCUUGAGUUAGAAAGCAAAUCAGUCAUACUUGCAGCAUGCAGAUAAAUUUGUCAUAAUUCGUUACCUUGGAAAUAGACACACUAAAGGCAAAUCAUAUUGUUCCUGUUUAAGAACUUUUGUAUAAAAAUACAAAUCAUAUUUUGUGAUACU